UGCUGUGGAACACUGGGUCUGGAGGCGUCCAUUGAACAGAAUGUUUCUGUAAGAGUGUCACAGGCCAAGAAGAUCAAAGGAACUUUGUCUUCUCAGAAGAACCACCCUUGUGAGAGUUGUGGUGCAGUCUUGAGGGACAUUUUCCAGUUUGUUGAGCAACAGGGAACACAACACAGUUCGAAAUUCUUGAGGUGUGGGGCAUGUGCAAAACCAUUUUAUUUCAGUGCAAAGUUGCACCAGCACCAUGGGCAGGACGUGAGAGCGGAAUGUUUGAUAAGAGGUAUGAACAAGGACUCUCUUGUGAAGAGCAGCACAUUCAGUGUGUCCCAGAAGCUUUUUACUGGUCAGGAGGUUGGACACAGCAUCCUUACUGCCUCAGGACAACUUCAGAAACAGGCUCCUCUUACCAGGGACAAACCAAGCGAACUUUCCUUGUCUGGGGUAACAUUUCAAAACGGGGGAAAAUUCCUUUGCCAGAAAGAAUCUGAAAAAGCCAUUGGCUGCAACGACACACUUGUUCCAGACCGAGCUGUCUAUACUGGAAGGCAGUGUGUUGUGAGCCCUGAAAGUAAAAACUGUUUUAAAGGAAUCCCUGACCUUCGUAAUGAUCAGAAAGUCCACUCAUUGGAAAAGCCAUAUGAAUGCAGUGAGUGCGGGAAAUGUUUUAGAGAUCGGUGGAUCCUUAUCCAACACAGUCGAGUUCACGCUGGAGAUAAGCCUUAUGAGUGUGGUGAAUGUGGGAAAUUCUUUAGCCAAAGUUCCAGCCUCAUUCAACAUCAGAGAAUUCACACUGAACAAAAGCCAUAUGAGUGUAGUGAAUGUGGAAAAUAUUUUACCAGAAUGUAUAGCCUUCAUCUUCAUACAAGAAUUCACUCUGAUGAAAGGCCUUAUAGGUGCACUGAAUGUGGGAAAUCUUUUUCCAGAAUAUCCAACCUUCGUCGUCAUCAGAGAGUUCACACGGGAGAAAGGCCAUAUGAGUGCAGUGAAUGUGGGAGAACUUUUUGCAGUGCCGCUGGACUGAAUUAUCAUCAGAGGGUUCACCCUGGGGAAAGACCUUAUGAGUGCACAGAUUGUGGGAAAUCAUUUACCGGUAGGUCUGGACUCCUGUAUCAUCAGAGUGUUCACACUGGGGAACGGCCAUAUGAGUGCAGGGAAUGUGGGAAAUCUUUUACCAGAAUAUCCCACCUUCGUCGUCACCAGAGAGUUCACACGGGAGAAAGGCCAUAUGAGUGCAAUGAAUGUGGAAGAACGUUUUGCAGUGCCGCUGGACUUUAUUAUCAUCAGAGCGUUCACACUGGGGAAAGACAUGAGUGCGCAGAUUGUGGGAAAUCAUUUGCCGGUAGAUCUGGACUCCAGUAUCAUCAGAGAGUUCACACUGGGGAACGGCCAUAUGAGUGCAGGGAAUGUGGGAAAUCUUUUCUGUAUGGCUCUGCACUCCGUCGCCACCAGAGCGUUCACACUGGAGAAAGGCCUUAUGAGUGCAUUAAUUGUGGCAAAUCUUUUAUAAGGAAAACUCAUCUUCUUCAGCAUGAAAGUUCACACGGGAGAAAGGCUCUUUGAGUGCUAUGAAUGUGGGUGAUCUUUUAGCCAAAAUCCUAACUUCUGGACACAUGAGAGUACACCUUAGAGUAAGUUCUUAGAUGUGUAGGAAAUGUACUUUCUUUGUUCCGUGUUAAGCACACUGGAGGAAACUCAGGCUUCAGUUUUCUGACUUUCAUCUCAUAAAUCCCGUCCUCAACAGUAGGAAGAUUUUCCAUAAUGUUUAGUUACAUGGGAAGCAUGCUAACCUGCUUAUGUUAUACAUUCUAACCUGCCCAGGGCUUAGUGCAGAUUUAUAUCACUGCAAAUUUCUGUGACAGAAUCCAUUUUACCUGUACAAACAAUGAGCAGGUCCCCACAGUUUUCAUCAGUCACCAUCCUAUUGUCCUCAGGUAAGCUGACUUUGUUCUCUUAUUAGUUAAAGGAAAUUAGGAGUAACGGUGAGUCCUUAGGAGAUCUGCAUUUCAUUUGCUCUGUUUGGGACCUUACCCAUUGUUGACCCCAGAGAACAUCAUCUGAGUUCAGCUGGCAGCUUCCAGGAAAAAAAAAAAAUAUUUUUAAGAAGAUGAUUGAUAAUUUUGUAGAUACCUCUGGUGAAUAUUAC